GGGAACUGUGGGGCCCAUGGGCACUCGGUGGGGGCGGGGGUGUCGUCGGCUUGGCCGCAGCGGGACCUGACGUGCAGGUGCGACCCCCGGCCCCGGGGAGGGGGGAUCCUGGUGCCCCGGGCGAGGGGUGGCUUUGGGACCCGUGGGUCCGGGGCUGGGCUCGGGCUGUGCUCGCAGGGGUUGCUUCGUCGGGAGCAGGCGAGCUGUGGAAGGCCCGGCGUGUGCUUUGGGGAGCUUGGCGACGUGGCCGGUGGAGUGCAAGGAGACAGCGGGGGCGGGGGUGGGUCUGCAGACGGCCCGCGUCCACGUCCACGUUCCAGCUCCGUCCCUGAAGCGUCCUGGGCCGCGUCAGCAAGCUUUAGGACGUUCCCUUUGCUCCCCUGUGACGCGAGCGUCUUGGUGAAUAGUGGAGUGACCCCGGUUCCCGGAGAAAUCAUUGUGAAGGGCGUGGGCGCCUGGGUCAUACUGUGAGGCAGUUCUGUUUGCGGGGUUUCUUGGAGUGUCCUCAGCAGGCCAGGUGUCAGGUCCCCUCCUGCGCUGGGCAGCCUGCCGAGCUCUUGCGUGUACAGAAGUUUAUGCAAGACCUAGUUUCCAGGGACCGCUGGUUCUAGGAGAGAUGGUUCGGCCCCGGAUGACAGUCCUGUCUUCUUUGGAAGAAGGUAGCUGUUAGGAUGCACGAAGGGGAGGCGCCCCGUGAACAGAAAGGCUACCUGAAAGACAACCCCUGUGACCUGAGCCCUCCCACUAGCGCCUCAGAGCAGAGGCGGAAGAGUCCCAGAGAGGACAAGACCCCCAGCUUUGCAUGGCCGGGCAGUUAUUGAUGCUUCUGCCCAGAGUGAACGAGACUUGGGGGAUACCGCCUCCUCCAGAAGUUGUGAGAGACUGCGUGUUAUUGGAAGGUUGGACCUGCUUUCAGGAGACCUGAGCCAGGCUGAGACGGGUAGGCAAAGGCCCGGGAAGUGUUCUUAAUGGGAGGGGUCUGAGGCGGAGGGAUAACCUGCUGCAGCUGAGAGAAGCCAUCUGCCCGUGCUUGCGAAACACUCCCAUGGCUUUCUUCUCCCCUCAUUUGUUCCUGUGAUCUGAACUCUCUCCACGUACGUAGCUAGCGACGUGCCGAUGCUCCCUCUGUCUGGAAUGUGCUUCCUGAUGGCUCAGGAAGGGUUUGCCAGGGCAUCUCUGCCUUGCAAGAACCGUGGGGGGAAAUGGAUUUAGGGACGUAAGCGGUCUGUCAGGUUCACAUGUUUUGCAUACAUCAGGCAUCCAGACUUUUGGAUAGUGUUAUCUCUUUUGCCACAAUUAAGCCACAACAUGUUUGUUUCUGACAUCAUUUUUGAUAAAUGAGGUCAACUUAGAACAACCAUUUCUUAGAAGAACUUGCCUGAAACAUGCCUAUCCCAUUUUCCCGGGUGCUUUUCCUGGCUUACGUGUGCUCAAGGCAUUUAUAAUACAGGUGUUUCCUGCUGAAUGCCAGUAACCUGUCAGUGAAAAUCAAAAAUUCUGCAGUACCAUGCCAGGAGCCUGUUUUUCCAUUUUUCAUUGUGUAAAAUGGGAAAAUUAGACUGCAUCACAUUUCCUCUCUAAACCGUUUUGUUUUGUUUUUGGAAUGUAAAUAAAACACCACACGUGCCCCGCUGUAAUCAGCAGACUCCUGUAACGAAGUAACAGUGCUAAGACACAGUCUUCUGAAAGGCAGACAGUUGUUUUGUGUGGUUCUCAUAGUCUCUCGUCCAGCAGCCCCACUGAAGCCCGUCAAGUGCACAUUCUUUAUGCUCUUCAAAAGUCCUGUAUGUUCUAUUGGUGGUACUUGGUGUGUAAUGCAAGACUUUCUCCCCCAUGUGAUUUUGUUAAAAACAUCCUGGGUUUGGGGCUUUAAAGUAUCACUUUAGCAUUUUCUGGGUAACAGGCCAACCUCAUUUAAUGACUUUAAACAACAGUCAUUUUAUUGGAAGUCCUGUGGCUCAGCCCUUGGGGCUAGGUUUGCUUGAUCCAUCCCUGUGCUAGUGUUGCCUGGUUCACAGUAGAGGCCAUAAUCAUCUGCUGCCAUGACUGAGGUUGGUGGGUUGGAGAGUACUUCAUUUACUGUUUUGGUGGUUGGUGCUGGCUGUUGGCUAAGCCAUGUGUCUCAAUCAGGCUAGCCCCAGGCCUCUUCACAAGGUGUUAGUGGGAAAGUGCUCUUCAUCCUGUGUCCGGGUUGCAUGUGCUGAGCUCCUUUUGACGAAAGCAGGUCAGAUGGCAAAGCCCACGUCAGUGUUGGAGGAAGUGAAUAUAGAGAAGCAAGUCUUUGAGAACCAUUACUGGAACAGUGCACCACAAGAAAAUGUACCAUGUACCUUACAUAUAUCUUUUGUAAAGUCAUGGGCCAGCAAUGUUGUUUUGCAGGGUGUAUACUUUCUGUGAAGAUGCCGUAUUUAAACUGCAGGUGUCCUCAUGGAGACACAACUGUGAAGCCCUGAGUGUAUGUCUCUAUUAAUAGGAACAUAGUUAAACAAUCAUUAUUUAAGUAAGCAUUUUUAAAAUCUUAAAUUGAUUCUUACUUUAACUGUUGAUAAGUCAGUAGGAAAUAUGUGUUUUGAUUAACUAAAGGUAAACGGUAUGUGUAAAUUAAUGGGCUUGUGGGUACUCCUCCAAUAGGGUCUUUGCUGCCCUUUCUCAAGGUAAUAGAAUAUUCUUGUCCCACAGAAGGUGCUUUCUCUCUCUCUGUCUCUCUCUCUCUCUGUCUCUCUCAAUUGUCUUUUCUAGCUAAUGUGUAGAGAGCUUCAGAGGAGAGAACCCAGGAUCUGGGAGCAAGCCACAGCAGUCCUGUCAUGACCCUAGUCCAUUCGCCUUCUCUCCCAGCUAUCUUUCCAGAGUCCUCUGUGCGUUUCCAAGAGCAGCGGGAGAUGAAUACAUCUCUGGAGUUGGUGUCAUUUGAGGAUGUGGCUGUGAACUUCUCCUGGGAGGAGUGGCAGCACCUGGAUGACGCUCAGCGGGCCCUGUACAGGGUCGUGAUGCUGGAGACCUACAGUAGCCUGGUGUCAUUGGGGCACUGCAUUACGAAACCUGAGGUGAUUGUCAAGUUGGAGCAAGGAGCAGAGCCAUGCACUGUAGAGGAAGCCCCAACCCAGAGCUUCCCAGAUGUUCAGACUUCAGGUGACCUGAUUGAGACCUGCCAGGAGCAUCAGAGCAGACAUGUGUGGCAAGUUGGAUUUGCCAACAACAAAACAUCAACUAAGGAGAGAACUGACUUGGGAAAACCAUUUAAUUUGAGUGCAAUCCACAUUUCAAACCUGAUUAUAAAUAAUGGAAGCUGUUCAGGAAUGAAGCCAGAGGAGUUUAACGUGUGUCGGAACAUGUUUCUUUCUGGUGACCCUGAUGAGAUGCGUGCUGGAGAGAAGCCCGAGGACUGUAGCACAACUGGGAGACCCCUCGGGGAUGGCAAGCGUCACAGUUUUCAUAAGAAGGGUCCAGUUUUGCAGCCAGCUUUUGAAUUUGGUGGGCAAGGGAAAGGCUUCAGCGAGGAGGCAAACUUCUUUACACAUAGCAGUGCUCACGUGGGGGAGACUGCCUAUAACUAUGACAAAUAUUGGAGAGCCUGUGACAAGUCAGCUGUCAUUGCCCAAGAGAGCACUCACAUAGGGGAGGAUCACUGUAGAUGUAACGAAUGGGGGAACACCUUUUGUGCAAAACCAACACAAUCAAAUCUUCAUAGAGCUGAUUUUGAGGAGCAACACCGUAAGCAUAAUCAAAGUGGGGAUAAUUUCAGCAAGAAAUUACACCUCACAUUGCUUUCAAGAACUCCUUUAGGAGAGAAAACUUUUGAAUGUGAUGUAUGUGGAAAAACUUUCUACAAAAAGUCUAAUCUCAGUAAGCAUCAGAAAAUACACACAGGAGAGAAACCCUAUAAAUGUAGUGAGUGUGAGAAAACCUUCAUCAGUAAAACAGUUCUUACAAUACAUCGGAGAACUCAUACAGGGGAGAAACCCUAUGCAUGUGUCGAAUGUGAGAAAUCUUUCUGCCAUAAGUCACACCUAACUGUUCAUCAGAGAACCCACACAGGAGAAAAACCGUAUGAAUGUUACGAAUGCGGGAAAUCCUUCUCUGUGAAAACCAAACUCACUGUACAUCUGAGAACACACACGGGGGAGAAACCCUAUGAAUGUAAUGAGUGUAGGAAAUCCUUUUACCAGAACUCAGCCCUCACUGUACAUCAAAGGGUUCACAAUAGACAGACACAUCAUGAAUGCAAUGAUUGUGGUAAAACCUUUCAUAAGAAGUCAGUUCUCACUGCACAUCAGAGAACUCACACUGGAGAGAGACCUUAUGAAUGUAAAGAAUGUGGGAAAUCCUUUGGCCAUCGCCCAGCUCUUACCGUACAUCAGAGAACUCACACAAGAGACAAACCUUAUAAAUGUAAUGAAUGUGGGAAAUCAUUCUGUGUAAAGCCAAAGCUCACGGUGCACCUGAGACUCCACACAGGUGAGAAACCCUAUGAAUGUAAGGAAUGUGGGAAAACUUUCUACCAGAAAUCAAAACUCAUUGUACACCAGAGAAGUCACACAGGUGAGAAACCGUACAAAUGUAAUGAUUGUUGGAAAACCUUUUGUGAGAAGUCAGCUCUCAAUAGACAUCAGAGAACUCACACAGAAGAGAAGCCCUAUGAAUGUAAAGAAUGUAGGAAAACUUUCUACCAGAAGUCAGCCCUGACUGUACACCAGAGAACUCACACAGGAGAGAAACCCUAUGAAUGUAAUGAAUGUGGGAAAACCUUCUGUCAGAAAUCACACCUCAGCAAACAUCAGAGAACUCACACUGGGGAGAAGUCAUGUGUGGCAGAGACUGGCUAUAUAUAUACCAAGACUUUUGAAACUCACUUUCUCUUUGUGUUGGGCACACAGGUAGCCUGCAUUUCUCAGCCUCCCUUUACUGUGGGUGGAAGCAUGUAAUUGAGCUCUGGCCAAGGAAUCAUGAACACAAACUAUGAACAUUACUUUCAUGUCUGGCUACCAAAAAACUUGUAUUUGCUGAGUUUUCAUUCCCUGUGCUCCUGAAGUGUAGAUUGCCCACAGGUUUGUCUUUGGAGCCAUAGGGUUAAGCUGGCAACCAUGACUUAAGGCAUAAAAGAUUGAUUGGGGAGGGCGGAGAUCUUCCCAACUCUACCUCAGAAGUCUUCAUUUGUACUUACCUGAGUGAGAAACAUUCACUGUUCAACCCUUCUAUGUGUGACCUAUUUACAAUGCUGUGAGUCCAUUAUAGCCAGUUCACUUUAUUUGUGGUAGGCUUCUGUGAGAAGUUACCGGUCCUUGUGUAGGAGAUUCACAGAGGAAAGAAUCUGUGUUGUCACUUUUCAUCCCCAAGUCAGUGGAUAGAAAAAGCAAACCAUAGGAAGAAAUUCAGUAAAUGCAGGAAUGCCUUUAUUGGGCAGAGACAGCUCAUUGAACACUGAGAAUAAAGUAAAACCUUAUAAAUAUCUUUAAUGUGUCCAAAUUUUCAACAACAGAAUGUCCACCUAUAUCAGUGAAUGUCUCAUGAAGGGAAAACUAUCAAUGCAGGUAAUGUGGAAAAAAAUUCAGAUAGAAAUGAUGGAUACUGUAUUGAAUAAAAAAUUUUUAAAGACUAUA